AUGUCCAGUGAUCUUCACGAGGCUCUGCAACAAGCUAAAUCGGAAUUAACUCUCAACCCGAAUGAAUCAGAUGUGAGAACUGGAGGACUAUUCGUAUAUAAACAUAAAGACGGAAGCUGCUACCGCUGUAUGGUGCUCUCCGAAGUUAACAGCGAUCAAAACGAGCGGAAGUACGAAGUCGCUUUUCUCGACCGCAUUCAAAUCAUAGUACUGAAGUUGAAAUAUCUUUUCGUAAUGAAAGAUCUCAGCCUCGAAAAAUUUCCUUGCUCUCUUCAUGUUGCUCGUCUUGUUGGAGUCACCAUGUUCCGCCCCGGAUACGUUACCGAAAACAAUAACGAAAUCAGGAAUUUCUACAGUGACAAAAUUAGAAAAAAGACUGGUGUGAAAGCACUUAUCUAUAUGAAGAACAUGGAUGAGAGAAAACUAGUCAUUGACUUCUUAUCACUCAGUGGAAAUUCGUUGACGAGUUCGGAAGAAAUAAAGAAAAUUCAUGGACACAGUGCUCUGUCAGAAAGAGAUCCAUAUCCGUUAACGUAUCAGCAACUGAUAAAUCAGGAAAUGCUUCCUCUGGAGUUCCCAGAAUCAGUUCCAAAUAAAGAGAACAAUCAAAAUGAACUGGUGAUCGCAAACGAACUAGGAAAUAGAGAUGCUGACGAGAGUGAUGAUAUCAGUCUCGAUCUGUCUGAUUUGAAAAUUUCGGAACCGAUCACUCUGAAUAUAGUUGCCAACAGCGAGUGUGCGUUCGGAAGAUCAAGCAUUCAAAAAUUUCUAGAUCAGCACAGAGCAAUGACAAAUCAGCUUCCAUUGAAAAAACCUGGUGACGGGGCAUCGAAAGAGAGUCUUCCCAUCGAAGUUGUGAACGUAGCUCCACAAGUUAAUGUUGUUGAGACGGCUGAAAAAUAUACUACGGAUGCAAGAUUAAAUGAUUCAGUUUCGAGUUUGCGUUCGGGAACAAUUAGUCAGACAAGAUCUUCAAAUGUAACACCACAACCAACUUUCGACGAUCUGCUCAGUGAAGAGGCAACGCCGAAGAAGUCAGCUCCUAACCUAAAUGGCUCCUCUGAUGGUUGGGACACGCCCAAAAAGUCUCCACCGAAGAUGGAGGGUAGCAAAGAGUUCGGAUUUCAAAAACCACUUCUAGUAAGACGCGGCUGUCCAAAACGGCGGCCGGACCUCGGCCGGCCUCGAAAAAGCCUCGGCCGAAGAAAAAAGGCCUCGGCGCGCUCCAUUGAGGAAAAGCCUCGCGAGGCCUCGGCCGGCCGAGGCCGGCCUCGCAAAUGUGACUACGGUCAGCAAGUCGCAUAUUUUACGACAAGUUGCGUUUUUUUUUUUAAUUUUUUGUUUUUUCUCGCUCUUUUUCAGCAAAUCACGCAUUUUUCGAGAGUUUUCUCGAUUUUUCCAUCGAUCUCUGGCGACAUGAACAUUUCGAACGCCAGUAAUGACACAAUUCAGAUGCCUCAAUGGUUCAUUGAUCCCAACAAAACCGAUUGUGAAUUAGUGAUAAAGAACAAAAGGGAAGGAUUCGGCGUGUUGAGCGGAGCGACGAACAGUGCAAUAAAUAGGUUCGAUCGCGCCGAAGGUGCACUAUCCACUGGGCUCUCCAACGAUACUGGUGCUGAUGAAAACAUUAACCCAAUCAUCAAGGAAAUGGCGUCAUCAUUCAUCAAAGACGUCACUGAUGCUGCUUCGCAAAAAAAUCGUGUUGCGUUCAAAGUGGAGGUUUUGGCAAUGGAAGCGAUGAUCAACAAAAUUCCGGGAGAGGCCAAUAAAAUCUUCUGGAAGUCGAAGCUCGCGGAGGCAGAAAAACUGAACGAGAUGUUCAACUAG